AUGACACAUUUGCAGGUGAUUUCGGUAAUAUCCGUAUUUUUUGUGAUCACAUCAAUAAUUUGUUUCUGCUUGAAGACACAUCCAAAUUUCCGUAUUCCGGAUAUCGAUAUUGAACUCAGGAAUGAUUCUACUCAUGCAUUACUUGUAACAAAAGUCGCUACAAGAGCACAUCCAGCGUUUUUUUACAUUGAAUUUGUCAGUAACAUAUGGUUUACAAUGGAAUUAUUCAUUCGCUUUGUAUUUUGCCCGAAAAUAUCACAGUUUACCCGACAGGCAGUCAAUAUUAUCGACUUAAUAGCGACAUUAUCGUUUUACAUCGAUUGGGCGCUGGAUCGAACAAUAACUGGCGCUAAUCGCGACACUGUUGAAUUCUUUUCCAUUAUUCGAAUUUUGCGACUGUUCAAGUUGACGCAACAUUUUUCGGGACUUAAAAUUCUGUUCCAAACAUUUAGGGCAUCUGCUCAAGAAUUAUUGUUGCUGGCGUUUUUUGUGCUACUUGGUAUAGUAAUAUUCGCCGCAUUGAUUUACUAUGCGGAACGAGUAGAAACAAACCCAGACAAUCAAUUUCACUCCAUUCCGGUCGGACUAUGGUGGGCAAUCAUCACUAUGUGUACAAUUGGCUUUGGAGAUAUGGUGCCAAAAACAUAUUUGGGUAUGUUGGUCGGUUCACUUUGCGCGCUAAUGGGAGUAUUAACAAUUGCACUUCCAGUUCCGGUCAUCGUCUCCAAUUUUGCAAUGUUUUAUUCACAUGCUCAAGCUCGGUCGAAACUACCGAAAAAGCGACGGCGUAUUUUACAACCACAUGAAAUUAAACCAAUGGUUGGAAGAUUAGCAAGCAUAGCACUUUUCAACAGUUUGGCUCACAAAAAUGUGUCACCAAUUCAUUCGUCACAUUUGCUGGGUGCUUUAACUGCUACCACUCCAUUACUGAUGUAUCCACCGACAACAGAUUUCACUGCUAAUCUACAAUCAACCAAAAGUAAAAGCCAUCAUCAUUGCAUGAACAAUAAAAACAAUAUUUCGGAUGGUAAUAAAAACGAUUAA